GUCGAGGCGACGAAGGCUAAGAAAGUCAGACUUAGUCGACCCACUGAACAGUCGACAGCAUGACGAGGGGAGACUUCCUAGCAGCAGCUGGGCUACUCCUCAUCCUACUAUCAGCCGGAGUGGAAUGUGGAGCCAGAGUGAAACGGCAGGACGACGGCGAUGGAGAAGACGAAGGACAGUCCAUCGACGAACUCUGCAGGGACAGACCGCCGGACGAGUACUUCAGGCUCACCACGAGCGGAGACUGUAGGGAUGUCGUAAGGUGUGACAAAGGGGCCGAGAACGGGAAGACGAGGUUGGCCGGGGUCAGGUGCCCCAACUCGCUCGCCUUCGACAUCGAUCGGCAGACGUGUGACUGGAAAACUAAUGUUAAGAAUUGUAACGAUCUAGAAAAACCAAGGAAAGUCAUGCCGAUCCUUAAGACCGACGAGCCCGUCUGUCCCGAAGGCAAACUGUCGUGCGGAAACGGCGAAUGUAUUGAGAAAGAGCUUUUCUGCAAUGACAAGCCUGACUGUAAAGACGAAUCAGAUGAAAACGCCUGCACUGUUGAACUUGAUCCUAACAGAGCACCCGAUUGCGACCCUACCCAGUGCGCUCUUCCCGAUUGCUUCUGUUCCGCAGACGGUACUCGUAUUCCUGGAGCUAUUGAGCCCAAUCAAGUACCUCAAAUGAUCACGAUCACAUUCAACGGCGCCGUCAACGUAGACAACAUCGAUCUGUACGAUGAAAUCUUUAACGGUCAGAGGCAAAACCCCAACGGUUGCCAAGUCAGGGGAACGUUCUUCGUCUCCCACAAAUACACCAACUACGCCGCCGUCCAGGAAUUGCACAGAAAAGGACACGAGAUUUCAGUAUUUUCUCUCACCCACAAGGACGACCCGAAAUACUGGACCGGUGGUUCCUACGACGAUUGGCUAGCUGAAAUGGCAGGCUCUAGGCUUAUUGUUGAAAGGUUUGCCAAUAUCACCGACGGUUCCAUCAUCGGUGUGAGAGCACCUUACUUGAGAGUCGGAGGAAACAAACAAUUCGAAAUGAUGGCUGACCAAUACUUUGUCUAUGAUGCAUCCAUCACUGCUCCUCUUGGACGUGUGCCAAUCUGGCCGUACACUCUCUACUUCAGAAUGCCUCACAAGUGUAAUGGUAAUGCUCAGAACUGCCCUUCAAGGAGUCAUCCCAUCUGGGAAAUGGUCAUGAACGAACUCGACAGGAGAGACGACCCGACUUUUGAUGAAUCUCUACCCGGUUGUCACAUGGUUGAUUCUUGCUCAAACAUUCAGACCGGAGAACAAUUCGCAAGACUUCUGAGGCAUAACUUCAACCGCCACUACUCUACCAACAGGGCUCCCCUCGGUCUUCACUUCCACGCAUCUUGGCUAAAAUCGAAGAAAGAAUUCAAGGAAGAACUUAUCAAAUUCAUUGAAGAAAUGUUGGACAAGAAUGAUGUAUAUUUCGUCACUAUGCUUCAGGUAAUCCAAUGGAUGCAGAAUCCAACUGAACUGUCCUCCCUCCGAGAUUUCCAAGAGUGGAAGGAAAAGUGUGAUGUCAAAGGGCAACCCUACUGCUCGUUGCCCAACCCAUGUCCUCUUACAACCAGAGAACUGCCAGGGCAGACCAUCAGACUGUUCACAUGCCUUGAAUGUCCCAACAACUAUCCAUGGAUUCUGGACCCUACAGGAGAUGGAUUCUCUUCCAAAUAAAUGCCCAAACCACCCUUUCCUUCUACCCCUUAUUACUUGUUUUGGGGUUCCUAAAGCAUCAUAACCUAGAAAUAGAUAUCUCCUGCAUUGUAGUACCUUUAGAAUUGUACACUCAUUGAAAUUUUCUGUUAUCUACAAAGGGGUUUAAGACCUCAUGACCUAAUGGUGUGAUUUGUUUAGUAUAUCGUUAAGGUGCUAAGUUAACAGUGCAGGUCGUUGCACUCAAUUCGCCCUACCAAUCAAAAUUUUACAGGGCGUUCAACUCAAUGAGUUCUCAAAGGCUGUAUAAAGGAUAUAUUUAUAAUAUAUUUAAUGUAAAUUUUUUAUUUUUAUG